CAAACGAAAACCAAACAGACCCUUGCCCUCCACCAACUUCUUCCCAUUUUAUAUACUUUCCUCUCUACUGGCCAAUAAUAGCCAAAUAACCAACCCUACAGGGAUAUAACCUCCUUCUCCAUCUCUCCCCAACAACGUUUGUCAGUCUUGCUUCAAGAUCCUUCUCGGAAAAGCUUAGAUUGGCAUAAUUAAGAAGGGGUUAAAGAACUGUGUAUGGUGUUCAUUCACUAAAAAAACAUGUGGUGGCUGCGCCUCCCAAUUCAUGUGUUUUACUACGUUAUCUCCUUGAACUUGUAUUGCAGGGUCAUUUUGUAAAAAACUCUCAUUGAUUCCUUGAAAUUACCUUAAACAGAAAGUCUUCUUACUAAUUAUCCAAUCAAUCAUCCAUGGAUGCCCAUCUCCUUUGCUUCUCUGCUUGUUACAUAUAUAUUAUGAUUAGCUAAAAGUGCAUACCUUCUGAAUCCAAUUUCAGUUUUUAGCUAUUCCCAGCUUAGGUUCAAAUAUCCAUACCCACAUAUUCUCCUUUUUGCUUCAAAUAAACACCACGGUUGGAUCCGUUUUCAAGUUGAUCCCAAGAUAUAAGAAGUUAUGGUGUGCCAAUCGGCAAGUCAGACAAAAUUCAAGGCUUUAAAACAUGAGAGUGGGAUUCCUGGACGAGCAACCAUUAUAGUUAGAGUUAUCGCAUGCUUUCAACCAUUGCAGAAUUGCCAGGCUGAAUACUUCCGCCAACUGCUUAAACCCGUCACGUAGAUUAUCUUCGCACUUCCAUUCUUGAUCUAAGUUCAAAGUUACAUUGUUUUUCUCGUUUUCUUUUUUUCUUUAGUUCCUGGAAACCAUUGGUACCAGCACCACAAACAUCAGAUUACACACGGUUUUACACCUGACCAAAUGGGUACGGGCAGCAAACUUCGACCACCUCUCGGGCAGUAUCCUCCUGCAUGGAAUCCAAACCAUGUUUCUGCCCUUUUACAACUCGGGCAGCAGGUCAAUCUGGCAUCUUUUCCAGAUCCUUCUAAAUUUACUGCAAACCCAGUUUCUCCUAAGCUAGAAACAGCCCACCAAGUCAUGCCAUCAGGUGGUUCCUGUCAGAAAAGAAUUCUGAUUUUUGACCAGUCUGGUGAUCAGACCAGAUUGUUCAUCGGUCCAUCUUUUUACCAGAGCGAGCUUCUUCUAUCCAAGAAAAAAACAUUUGGCGGUUAUGAAACUUAUAAUGAUCAUACCCAACCCAUUGUUGAAGCACAACCGAAUAACUCUUCUCCCCAGAGUAGCUGUAAAGAAAGUGAGAUGCAUGAAGACUCUGAAGAUAUCAAUGCUUUACUCUACUCUGAUGACAGCUAUGCUAAUGAUGAUGAUGAUGAUGUAACUAGCACGGGUCACUCUCCGUUUAUGGAAAUUGCACAUGAAGAAGAAAUGGCCAGUUCUGACGAUGGCCCUUUGUCAAAAAGGCAAAGAUUGUAUGAUGACUGUGGGGACAAGAAGUCUUUUACUGACACUGUAAACUCAGGGAAUUCACCUUUAACCUGCAGUAAUCAAGAAAAAGAGGGGUCAAGCUGUGUGAAGGGCAGCCCAAAUGAAAGUGAUAGGGAAAAAAGACUGAAAAUCCGCAAGAAGUUGAAAAUGCUCCGAGGUUUGAUCAUGGGCUUGAACAGUGAUGACCCAUUGGUGGUUAUAGACGAGGCAAUAAGUUACCUGAAUCUUUUGAGGGUAAAAGUGAAAGAGGAGAUGAGAGGUGAAAAUGGUGUUUGACUGAAAGCAUGAUUGUUUUCAUGCUUUUGAAGGGAUUAAUUAAAGGUACGUUGGAUUGCACGUUUAAUGGUAGCAGCUUGUAGUGAUUGAAUGCAUGCGUGUAUGGGACCCACUCUCCACCCCCUAUACAUGGUUCAUCUCCUUUUGAUGAAGGGAUAGAUAGCGCAUGGAGAUAAAUGGGGGGCCUGUCUGGAAAGAUGAAAAGGGAAGGCCAUUGAUCAAAUCUUGUCUUCAAGUUUGGUGUUUUUUCUUUUUUCUUUUUAUAUGUAUGGGUUUCAGUUGGCGUGUUCUUUGUUUUCAUGAGAGUUGACUGAUGAUGGGACCCUUUUCUGUCUUGGGGUUGCUAUGAUUUUAAGGUGUGAUGUAUUUGCAAUAAAUGAAUUAUUAUAAUGCUAACAAGUCUGAUCAGAAAUAA